AUGUAUAUUUCGUCAGCCAGUAAUGUGAAGAUGCGUAUUGAUGGACUGGAGGAGAAGCUGGCACAUUGCAGACAGAGCAUGGAGGAGGUGGAUCUUAAACUGCGCAGGGAGAAGCUCAGCCCUGAAGGAAGAAAGUCACUGGAGAGAGAGAGAAACUUACUAAUGACCAAAGCUGACAACUAUGAGAAAGAACUGAGCGUGCUUCGUAAGGAGAAUCGCAAGAAUGCUGCCCUUGCUGUGGCCAUGGGGUUGCUGAUUGCUCUUAUUUACGCCUGCUGGAUGAUGUGAUUGCACUCAAGAAUUCUCCCUGCUGACCAGAUGACUCUCCUGCAAGGAGCUCUUCCUCCUCUCACCACUGUGCCUCCCCCAAGGGUGAGGAUCAGCAUUUCAAAUGGCCGUUCUUGUUUAUCCUCUCUAAGCCUCAUUGUAGGGAAGUUUUUUUCUCUGAGAACUGAG